AUGCCACGUAAGCUACGUAAGAAUAUACGUAAGAGGAAGAGAGCAUUGAAACAUCCAAUAGUAAAACUAACACCACAACAACAGUUGCAACAACAAAUGCUGAAUGACCCCACUAUGUUGCAACAAAUGUCAAGCAAUCCUAUGCUUUUAAACCGAGUUGUUGGUGCACAGAGUGGAGGUUUAAGAGCGGCACUUUUAGCGAAAAUGGCAGGCUAUGGUGGAGCUGCAGACGGAACAGCCUAUAACCCUCAAAGUCAAAUGAAUUUGAGUUCACUCAAAAAUCAAAUAACAGAUGUCAAAAAGUCAAACAUAGACAUACAGAAGCAAAUAAGUGAAAACGAAAAGAAACUAGAAUAUGACAGACACACAAAGAAACUCAAUGAGUUAAACGUAGAGAAAAAGAAGAAAGAAGAACAACUGAAAGAACUAAGUACAGAGGAAUAUGCGAAAAAAGUGUCAGAAAAAGCAGCAGAAGUAGCAAAAAUGGAACAAGAUGUCAUAAAUUUGAAAAACCAUACUACUCGAUAUAAAGUACUGAAAGAUGAAGAGAUAAAACAAAAAGCCCUGAAGACAUAUAUGGAUAGCGAUGAGUAUAAAAAAGAAGUUGAAGCAAAUGUAAAGGCAGAAAAACUUUUACAGUUGCAAAACCAAACCGUACAGUAUGAAAACUUAGCACAAGAAAGUAAAAAUAACGACGCGGCUAUGCAAAAGGCAAUGAAAAGCGCAGAAUAUAUAAAAGCUAACAAUGACUGGUUAGAUGCACAAGCCAACGCUAAAGCAGCCCAACUUAUAGGGUCAAUAAGGACAAAAAUACAAGCGGAUGAAGACAGUUCAAAUGAAGCUUUAACAAAUGCUGACUUUAAGAACGCCUUCGAAGCUCUUCAUAGUAAGGUGAAACUAGUGAACGACUUCUCAUCUGGAAAGAAACUGA